AUCGAAUGUCUCCAAAAUGAAAACUGUUACGCGGUACUCAUUAAUCUGCUGCUUUAUUCUAUCUUUUUUUCUACUUCUGUUCGUUCAAAGGUUAUUCCUCAGAAUUAUUCGACCUGAGUUUGACAAAAAAUCUUCCUGCAAUUCAGAUAUAAACCAAAACCCAGAAUUUCCACCAUUAAUUGAAGACAUUAAGCCCUCAUUAGAUCCAAAAAAUUGCACUAUUUCCCAAUGUAUGUCCAGAAAUUAUUGCCAAACGCUAACAUUAUCCAUGAAAAAAUUCAGCACCGCUGCCAAAUUUCAUACAGUUCAAUUCGGUUAUUUACUUCAAGCCUUGAAACAUUUACCUUUCUAUGUUGAUUAUUCCGAGUCUGAGCGUAAAAUUGACGAUGUUUCGAACUCGUGUUUCACAAUGUUUAAUAUUGAUGUGUUGGACCGAGAUAUUUUGAACCCGAAAACAAUAGCAACGAUUCCUGAUUUCUCAUUGGCUGCCAAAUUCAUGAAGAACAAUGAGGGUAGGACGAAUUUCGUGUUUUUCAAUGCGUUCUCCGGAACAGUUCCUGAUUACUCGGAAGAAGUGGACUUCGAUGUGCAGAAAGGGAUUCUUGUGAAGAGCAGUGUGUCUUACAAGAGCAUUCGAUUUGGCUACGAUCUGGCCUAUCCUCUGGUAAACUUAAUGCAGAUUGAUUUGUUGCCCAAGAUGCCCAUCCAGUUUCGAUCAUCGUCUCAAGAUCAUUACUUGGCCACAUUCAAGGGCAAGCGAUACGUGCAUGGUGUAGGGAGUGAGACGAGAGACAUCCUGCCUGUGAUAUCUAACCAGAAGGACAUAGUGUCAGUGGUGACAUGUGAACACAAUGGGGAGGAGUGGAAGAGACAUCUCAGUUCGAUUGAGUUGUACCAGUGUGAGGCGAGCAGCAGAGAGUACAACAGACCAGAGUACGACUACAACACCCUCAUGCUUAAUUCCACCUUCUGUUUUGUGCCCAGAGGCAGACGGGCUGACUCAUUCCGUCUGCUGGAAGUGAUGAGAUCUGGAUGUAUUCCAGUUGUCAUGUCCAAUAAUCAAGUGUUGCCAUUUAAUGAAGUUAUAGAGUGGGAGAAGAUUGCAGUUAUUGCAGAUGAGAGAUUAGUCACGCUGAUUCCCUCCCACCUGCGCAACAUGAGGAGUGAGGAGGUGAUUGAGAUGAAGAGACAAGUCCACUUCAUGUACCAUUCUUACUUCUCAUCUGUAGACACCAUACUCAGAGCCACGUUCAAGAUUCUGUACGACAGAUUGAAACCCAACCCCCUCCCAAAGUGGGUCUGGAACAGCUAUCCAGGUGCUCUUUUUGUCGACCUCAACUACUCGACAAACUAUGUCGACUUCCCAUUUUGGAGACACAGUUUAAAUGAUAUUUCAUCUGGAUCAGACGCCAAUUCGGAAUUGAGAUAUUCGAUUGUGGUUUGGAGUGGUGAAAACGAAAGCGGAAAUGAAUUGACUAAGUGUUCCCGUAUUGUUGAAGCUGUUUCGAAAGACAAGAAAGCUCAUAAUGUAAUCCUCGCUAUUUCGAAACCAGUCUUAAGCCUGAAAAAGAUGCAGACAGAUUGGCUGCCUUCAAAUGUGCAAUUGAAAAGCGUGCAAUCAGUCUAUGAUUUGGACCUCGUAGCUCCAUCGGACGCGCCCUUUGUGAUAAUGCUGGAUUGCAGUCAUGGCGAGGAAUUAUCUCCUGAACAGAUUGAGUUGCUAAUUGAAGUUGCUUCGCAUUAUCCUGACAGGCUGAUUGGCUUUCAAAUGAGCAACCACUAUCUCUCGUCUGCUCUGAAGAAUGAAUACACAGUGGUGAAAGAGACAGAAGACUAUUAUACUAUGGUCAAUCUAACCAUGGCCAUACAUCACAAGUACUACUAUCAUCUUCUCAGAACUUAUUUUAACUCGACAAUCACAGCUGAAAUGAGAAACAAACCACAGUGCAAUUCAGUCAUCAUGAACAUGUUAGUCGGUCACGUGACUCAAACCCCAUCAAUUGGGGUCAAAAUGAACAAAAACAAACAACCGGAAGAAAUGGAGGUCGAAAAUAGAGACGAUGAUCAGAAUAUAGAUGAGAAGAUUGAUGAAUCAGAGAGUGAAUCGAAAUCGAAAGAAACGAUACUGUCGAUAGAGACUGACUGUUUGAACUGGUUUAGAAACGUGAUCGGAUAUGUUCCUUUAAAAGGCUCAAAUGCAAUUGUGCAAGUAUAGAUAGAUUUUUUUAGAGUUAGUUUUGUAUUUUU